UGGUUGCCGUCGUCCUCUUCGCCCCCUACCCCCAAUCGAUGGAAGACCCUACAACGCAAAACACAGAGCGCUUUGGAAUUUUGCAGUAUGGAUGCGAGCACUACAAGAGAAGGUGCAAAAUUCGAGCUCCAUGCUGUGACCAGAUCUUCCCAUGUCGCCACUGCCACAACGACGCCAUGAGCUCGCUUGACAACCCCAAAGAGCGCCAUGAGCUGGUCAGGCGUGAUGUUAAGCAGGUUAUAUGUUCAGUCUGUGAUGCUGAGCAGGAGGUUGCUAAAGUGUGUUCUAAUUGUGGUGUCAACAUGGGGGAAUAUUAUUGCGAGAUUUGCAAAUUCUAUGACGAUGAUACAGAUAAAGGGCAAUUCCAUUGCGAGGAAUGUGGUAUUUGCAGGGUUGGUGGUCGUGAUAACUUCUUUCAUUGUCAGAAAUGCGGAUCGUGCUAUUCAGUGGAACUGAAAGGCAAGCACUUUUGUGUAGAGAACUCAAUGAAGAGCCAGUGCCCUGUCUGCUAUGAGUAUCUGUUCGAUUCAAUUCAAGGCACCACAGUUAUGAAGUGCGGACAUACAAUGCAUAUGGAAUGCUUUCGGGAGAUGGCAGCCCAAAAUCAGUACCGUUGUCCUGUCUGCUUGAAGUCAGCAUUCAAUAUGUCAGAGAAUUGGAGACAUCUGGAUCUUGAGAUUGAAGCUGUUCCGAUGCCUCAGGAGUACAAGACUGAGGUCUCGAUUCUGUGCAAUGACUGCAAUACCACCAGCGAAGUGUCGUUUCACGUCUUAGGCCACAAGUGCAGACGGUGCGGUUCGUACAACACCCGUAGGAUUUCAUCACCACCUGAAGAUCAAUGAAGAUUUAUGGUUUUAGUUACUCAUACCAGAUUGCAAGUUCACCAUUUUCACUUAUUUUUGCUCAUUCCAGUUUGACGUAUGGCCUCAUGUUGUAUUACUAUUUCAGUAUAGAGUGUACAAUUUAUUGAUUAAAAGUAUUUUGAUUCAUUGAUUAUUGAUUGUUAUUAUAUAAUCUAAGAAUUAAGAACUGUUAAUUUAGAGAUCUCAAAUUGAUUCUUA